AUGAAGGAGCGGGACCCGGAUUGGACACCAUCGCCAAGAGUCGUCGAACCCAAGCCGUACAAGGCAGUGGAGCUCACUCUCCACGAAGCAGUGGAUAUCGAUCACGUCAACAAAGAGUUGGACAACCUGGUCGACGCAGCCUUCCGAUUCCAACAUGAAAAAGUACUAACUGCCUCUCACCUGCUCCGAGCGUUGAAUGUUUUGUGUCCGGACUGCGGUUACACUGUCGAUCAUGUGGUGAAAAGGGUCUGGACGCGGCGUUACGAAUUGGCUGGGAAGGACUCCAGUUUGAAAGUUAACGUCCGCCGCCGGCGUAUAAGACGUGACAAUUCACGCACCGCCAUUACGUUUUGUUUCAAGGAGAACCUCCUGCAACCGAGGAGGAGAGGAGAGGAAUCAUGCACUCCAGAACAGUCAACAUCGCCUUCAAUCGACCUGCCUUUACGUCAUCCCGAGCAAGUCUUCACAGAACCCGAUUCUCCUGCUCAAUCUGCUCCAGCGGAUUAUAGCGUGAGAUCAGAACUUGCAAUUGCACAGAGCGAUUACACGUCCGAGGAAGAAGAAGCAAGUUAUAUGAUGCAACGCAAGCCAGUCGUGCAUGACCUGAGGCAGGAUGGCUUGGUGAUCCCGGACCCAAUUUUCGACGCUUAUCUCCAAAUCGCACUCAAGCAAGAUGAGGAACGAAACUAA